AUGUUGCCAAUCCUUUACCAUGUUCAUAUAGGCUCAAUGUUUUACGGCUUGGUCAUCAUGCUCCUGAAGGUAGCCAUCUUGCUCGACUGGCUCAAGGUCUUUGUACCUCGUGGCCAGCGCAACGCCAUGUUCUGGAUUUCUCAUGUCAUGAUCUGGGCGAACAUUCUUUUCUAUGGGGUCGGCACCGUGGUCGAGAUCGUCCAGUGCACUCCACGGACCAAGAUAUGGAAUCCUUUGAUAGGAGGAAGAUGCCCGAUCGACAUGAGAAGUCACAACAUGGCUGCGGGUAUCGUCAACCUCAUCUCCGACCUCGUCAUCCUAGGGCUGCCGCAGAGGGUGAUCUGGCAGCUGCACAUGUCGCGCGCCAGCAAGAUUGGUGUAUCGCUUCUCUUCGGUGUUGGUAUAUUCGCCUGUGCCAGUGCAGCGGUGCGCCUUCAUUACAUCUACAGGCUGUUGCACACAUCCGAUCAGCUGUAUAUAGUCUCCAUCGCGGGUCUUUGGGGUGUAGGCGAGAUGACGGCUGGAUUUCUCAUCAUAGGCUUCCCAUCGCUUCCUAAAGUCGUCAAGGCCCUGCCGUUCUCGGAUUCUGUCGUCUCGCUCUUGCGACAGAUAACGCGGCCGGGCUCAAGCGGUCAGGGCGAGACGCGUCGCGGGUUGCCGUCGUGGCACAAAGCCGCACCGCCAAAGAAGCGUCGCGACCAGUUCGAGGUCAGCGAGGUGAGCGAGUAUGAUCUUCCUAGGGCUCACACGAACGAUAGGCGUUAG